AAUAUUCCCAAAACAACCGGCAUCACAAAAGUAUGACUUGAAGCUCCGCGUCCCCUUGCUUACUUGCCCCUAUCGGCUUCUUUUGUUCUUUAUCCUUCUGCUACUCUUCAAGGACAUGGAAGCUCUUUCCCCCGUAACGCUACUUCAGUUCAAAUGUGCUUUCAAAUCUCCAAGUUCUGUAAAUGAUGAGCAGCCCAAGGUUCACAAUAGACUCCCUGCUAAAACAUUGGAAAAAGUGCCAAGGAGGUUGCUUUUGCAGUUUAUGGGAUUCAAUCCCAUUUUGUCGCAUUUUUAUCCUACUCUUGCUGCACCUAUGCUGGAGAUGAAAGAACCUGAAGUGAUUCGGACUCGAAAACUUUCAAGUGGGGUUAGGAUUCAAGAUAUUAUUGAAGGGGAGGGACCAGAAGUUCAUGAAGGAGAUUUGGUUGAAGUCAAUUAUGUUUGCCGGCGCUCCAAUGGAUAUUUUGUCCAUAGCACUGUCGAUCAAUUUAGUGGAGAAAGCAUGCCCGUUAAACUUCCUCUGGAUGAGAAACAGAUCAUAAAGGGUCUGAAGGAGAUGCUGACAGGCAUGAAGGUUGGAGGAAAGAGAAGAGCACUGAUACCUCCUGCAUUAGGAUACAUAAAUGAAAACUUGAAACCAAUACCUGAUGAGUUUGGCCCUCGACGCAGCCUCUUGUCUCAUGUAAAGGAGCCUCUGGUAUUUGAGGUGCAGCUUUUAAAAGUUUUAUGAGGCUAUGUUUGGUUGCAGUUUGGCCCUCGACGCAUCCUCUUGUCUCAUGUAAAGGAGCCUCUGGUAUUUGAGGUGCAGCUUAUAAAAGUUUUAUGAGGCUAUGUUUUUGCAAAGUUUGUUUGAUCUGAAACGGAUUAAUUAGUUGACAUCUUUCUGUUGCUUUUGACUUGUUGACACCUUGAAUGGGCAGCUUCUUUCUAUUUUCAGUGAAGAUUUGGACAUAUUCUUGUUGAACACCAGUCUUUAAUUAAUAUGCACAUAAAUUUUUUUUCCAGGUUA